CAUUUGCAAAACAUGGCGAUCGAGCUGUGCAAUUAAAAAUAUACCAGGCAGGAAUUUGUCAAAAUGAAAUUAGUUAGAGGUCAGAGGGUUAAUGCAACUAGAUUGGCGUUUUACCGAAAUAAAUAUGCUAAUUUUUCAGUCUGUGGCUGUUAACGAUCCAAACUAUUAUAUCGAAGAUGAAGCGAGCCGUUCGUAAUUAACACUUUUGUUGUGUUGUUUUUUUUUCUGGUUCGAAAUAUGGAUAGACAAAGCGGAAAAAAGAAACAGCUAGAGGAAAAAUCGACAGAAGACAAUAGUUCUGAUGCUUUUUAUAGACAGUUAAUUCUGGCACAGAAUGCUGCUUUUGCCCAUGGAGCUUAUAUUACUCAAUCUCCAUUCAUGGCUCCCGAACUAGCUGUUGCUUAUAGUAUGCUUGAUCCUGUUUACGCUUCAUACAGCGCCAUGAUGGCCAAUCCAUGGAAUAUCGCUGGUCUCUGUGCUUCCGCCGCCACAACAACGUCUACAACAACGACGACGGCUGUUUCCUCCUCCUCCAGUGGAUUUUUAGAAGCAUACUCACAAAUAUCAACGAAGAAAAAAUCGUCAAGCCCUAAAGCAAAAAUAUUAACGGUACCUACGAUUAAUGAUGAGUCAAAGCGAGAUGAAGCCACAGCAACCUCAGGUUCAGAUCAAAAUGUUUCGAAUGACAAACCAAAUAAAAGAAAACGAAAGAGUAGUCCAGUUAGACGAGUGAAAGCAGUUUCGUCAUCGAAACAUGACGAUAGUGCAACUUUGAAAACAAAUUACUCUUCUCUACCUUCUAAUAAUAAGGCAGUCAAGAAACAAUCCUCUCGUCCCUCUCUCUCCGAAUGCUUGGCAAAGAUGACGACUUGCGUAGCUGCUAGUGGUCAUAAUUUGUGGUCUGGAGCUUCAGCAGUUAAUAAUACAGAAGGAGUACUGGAUCUCUCGUCGAAGCCGCAAGAAAGUGACGAUUGUCAAAAUAGUGAAUCGCUUGAAACACAAAAGACUCUAAAUAUAUCUGAACAAACUGAGAAUGACUCUGAUUCACUUAAUAGCGGGAAAGGAGAAGAAAUCCAAAGUAGGGAACAGGUUGAGAUUGAGUCAAAAAAUACAGCAAAUGGACCAACAGAAGAAGGCAACGAAGACAAUAACAAUGAUAAAGAUGAUGCCGAGAAAGAUUGCCAAGUCAAUGAUAACAUAGAGGAGAAAUUACCAUCUUGUGAGAGUCAGACGCAUGAAACUGUGGAGUGCGAUAAGGGUGAAAAGCUUAAUCUUGAAACGAGCCUUGAAACAAACGAUGAUAACUAUGAUCCCGAGAUGGAAGAAAAGGUAAAAGAAGAAGAGGAAACUCUUCUCAAGGAAGAUGAAAAUUUAAGCCAAAAUAACAAAGACAUCGCUGAAGUAACAGAUAAUGAAACAGAAAAGAAUUGUACUUAUGAAGAAGUUGAAUCAGAGUCAACUUUAAUUAAGGAGAAAAGCAUUGAAUUAACUCCUGUUGAAUCUACAAUAAUUGUUGAUAAAGAAAAAGAAGAUACAGAAGUAUGUAAAGAGUCUUCAGCUCCAAAAAAAGAUAUGAGCAAAAAACAAAGUAAUGAAAUUGUCAAAGAUAUUAGCAGUCUUGAACAGAAUUACAACUUGGAGACGCACGAUAAAAAGGAACAAGUUCGAGAAUCGAUUGCUGCGAAAAAUUGCGGAGAAGGGAAUCUCAUUUUAAACAUUACUGAGCCAGUGAUUGUCAAGAAAAAGAAAAAAAAGAAAAAAAGAAAGCAUCACAAGCAUGAGGAAUCAAAUGGCGAAGAGAAAAAAGCAAGCAUUGUUUUAAAACUGCCCAAAGAGAAAAUCUUCAAAAACGAUCCAUAUGCUUUUGAUGAAGACGAUGAACAUACUCCAACAGUUCAACCUCUAACACGCCCUAUUCAUCGAAAUGGGACCAUACACAGUCGAAGACAACGAGAGGAGUUAAAAACUUCAGUUUCUGAGUCGAAUGAAACGUUGGCGGUAUCAUCUUCAUCAGUAACAACAACAGCUUCGCAUUCUCAAUGUGGGCCUAAUCAUACCAAAGAAUCAUCCCUUCCUUGUUAUCCUGCCACAACAACAACAACAACAACAACAACAACGACAGCAGCAACAACAACAACAAAUUUGGAAGAGGAACUGGAUGAUAAUAAAUUAUUAGCCAGUAUUAAUGACAUAUUAACUGACUCAGAGCGGAAACAACAAUUACAAAAUGACCUUAAGUCAUUUUCAGAGGUUCUUGAACAGUUACAACAACAGCAUCCACCACCAGUUACACCUCCAAAUACUGCUCCAAGUUCGUCGUUUCCUUAUACUUAUAGUCAACAGCCCACAGUCACUUAUCAGUCAUCUUACAAGACAUCAAAUUAUACAAAUAAUGAAAAUUCUGGCUACUACAAUACCUAUCCUUCAGGGGCAGCACCAUUCCCAUCUGAGAUGAACUGCCCCAGACGAGACGCGUAUUAUGGCCAAGAUACACAUCAGAAUUUUCAAUAUAACACGUCGUCUUCCUAUACAGGGGCUUAUGGAACUAAUUAUAAUAACUAUCCAUCAUCAGUUCUUCCCCAACAACAGAUAGCCUAUCAAGGAACGUCGCAUAGAAUGGGAGCGGGAAGUGGUGCCGAGCAAGGAAGUAUACAGCCUAUUAGGAGCGCCUACUAUCCCCAAUCUCCCGGUUCGACCUCCCACAUAUCGCAGCAUCAGCAAUAUUUUCAUCCCCCUAAUGUCCGGAACUCUAAUUCGAUGUAUAACGGAAAUCAGCAAUCUCUACUUCCACAACCAUCAACAAACCUCAGACCGCAGGGAACAGCGGUACGAGCAAAAACUUGUUUGCCUCUUCCUACACCUCCUCCAUCUACUCAGGUUUAUAAUGAAUCAAAAUUAGGCACCGCUUGUAGCCUUCAAACAAGCACCGAAUUAUCUAGUAAGGUCCAGUCAACAUCUCCUAUUUCAUCUGGUACAAGCUCUACGAGUGUAUCACCAGAUAAAAAUGAAUGUAGCGACGCUCCAGCGACUCCAGUAAAUGAAGAAUCAGAUUUAGUUGAAAGGCUUAGAAGUAAUACACAAGAGGAGGUGCCAAGCUGUAAUUGUUUAGGAUCAAAUACAGUAUACGACGAACGAGUCGAAGGACCUUUUUAUACCCACCUUGGAGCAGCGCAAAGUAUAGCAGGUAUAAGAAAAUUGUUUGAAGAAAGAACCGGAUUAACAGGGAAUGCCAUUCGAAUCGAAAAGAUAAUUUACUCCGGUAAAGAGGGGAAAGGAACUCAAGGUUGUCCUGUUUCAAAGUGGAUCAUUCGUCGAUCUUCAAUAGAGGAGAAAGUUUUAAUCAUUGCGAGACCAAGAGUCGGACAUACUUGUCCUCAAGCAGUUAUCACAGUCAAUAUAGUCGUUUGGGAAGGUGUUCCUUCUCAACAAGCUGAUGAAUUAUAUGAUUAUCUUCGGCAAUUACUUCCAGUAUACGGUUUACAGACAGAUAGAAGGUGUGGAUCAAACGAACAAAAGACUUGCGCCUGUCAAGGUUGGAAGGAUGAUGUAGGAGGAGCAUCAUUUUCUUUCGGAUGUUCAUGGAGUAUGUACUACAACGGUUGCAAAUUUGCUCGAUCUCAACAGCCCAGAAAAUUUCGUUUGAAAAAUGAGAGCCAUGAAACACAACUGGAGCAUGCGCUUCAGUCUCUCGCUUCUCACUUAAGUCCUAUUUACAAACAAGUAGCACCUGACAGUUUUAGAAAUCAAACUCAAUUCGAGAAAGAUGGAUUGGACUGCCGUUUAGGACUAGACUCUGGACGACCGUUUUCUGGUGUAACGGCCUGCAUAGACUAUUGCUCUCAUGCUCAUCGGGACAAUCAUAAUAUGAAUAACGGCAGUACUGUGGUAGUAACGUUAACUAAACACAGAGGUCUGGGAAAAGGGCCGGAUGAACAACUACAUGUUCACCCUCUUUGCAUACUUGACCCUACUGCUGAAGAUGGAACUCGCGAAAGUCGUUUACAGCAGGAAAGAGAUGGAUCAGUUAAUACGUUAACAAAAUUUGAGCAAAUAGUUCGAAUCCGAUCAACUCCUACCCCUUGCAAGAAAAAGCGGAAAUUGCAACAACAAGAAGAAAAGAGAAAACGAGGAGGGGAUAUGCCAAAAAAGAAAGCUCCAACCAAGGCCGAGUUGGAGCAACGCAUGCGUAUGGCUCAUAAUUUACAAAUGCAAAUGUCUUCGUCUGGUACGGGAGCGCAAAACUUUCAAUCACCUUCUUUAGUGACAGCUAACAACCCAGAUUACAAUAAUCCGUAUACUCAAAUGUCUUGUGGUAGUGGUAUUUUCCCCCAAAAUUCUGAUGGUAUGGAUAAUCGUCGGUGGUGGAAUGGAAGUAAAACAGGAGACAUCAACAGAGAGGACUCGUUAAGGUGGUGUGAAGAUUUCAAUACGACUGAAGGAGAUCAAUCUGGUCAUGAGGAGAUUUCCUACAAUGAACAUUUAUUCUUGGAUGAAAAUAUAGGAGGAGUUGCACUAGCCCUUGGUCAUGGUAGUGUUCUUCUUGAAUGCGCAAAGAGGGAAAUGCAUUCUACAACUGCAAUUAGGGAACCUAAUAGAUUUCAUCCUACCAGAAUCAGUCUAGUUUUUUAUCAGCACAAAAACAUGAAUUAUGCUCGACAUGGAGAACUUCAAUAUCAACAAAAAUCAGAAAUGUGGAAGAAAAGAAGAGAACAGCAGCAGCAACAGCAGCAACAACAGGCGAAUGAACUAAAUGCUUGUAAGCGGAACAAAAGUCAAACAGAACAAAUGGCUAAUUCUAUUGUACGUCAGUCCGCUGAACAUUGCGUCGUUCAAUCAGCGUCUCAUAUACCUCGUGCGCCAAUCUCUCAUCCUCCUACUUUAAUGAAUUUGCACCGGCAGCAGAACUGGAAUUCUGCGCCUCCAAAUGCCUAUGGUUUUUGGCAUUAA